CCCCAGCAUAUCGACAACAACAAUCAAUGUCCGUUCGCGGGAUAAAGGGCGGGCGGUCCCGCCGUCCUGGCGAAACCAUACCGAUACUGGACUCCAUGCUGCUGCACUAUCGGCAACAUGAAGGUCACGGGGAUCAUCCUUGCGCUAGGCGCGUUGGCCAGCGCCGGCAGGUCAUUUCGUCGCGACGACGGCGCGGGAGCAGCAGGCAACGACACUCUUGCGUCGAUUGCGCCCAAGAAGUUCAUCGUCGAGGUUGGUGAGGGCUCCAACAGGGACGAGCUGAUUCGGGACAUUGAGAACAAGCCCGGGUGUCGCGUCACCAAGGUGUUUGACUCGGCCGUGUUCCGCGGCAUCUCGGUGGAAUCCGACAGCGUCAACACCGACGAGCUGGAGUCGCUGGCGUCGGUCGCAAAAGUAUGGCACGCCACCCGCGUGCAGCUGCCGCCGGUGGUCGAGGGCAAGAGCUUCUCGGAUGAGGCCGCGGCGCCGGACUACUUCAUCCACGACAUGACCGGCGUCGACAAGGUGCAGGCGCAGGGCAUCCUCGGCAAGGGCGUCAAGGUCGGUGUGGUGGACACGGGAAUCGACUACACGCACCCCAACCUCGGGCGCUGCUUCGGCAAGGGCUGCAAGGUCGAGGGCGGCUACGACUUUGUCGGCGACUCGUACUGGCCCUUUCCCGGAAACACCAAGAUGCCCGACGACGAUCCCCAAGACGCCCAGGGUCACGGCACCCACGUGGCUGGCAUCAUUGCUGGCAACAGCGACAAGCUGAAGGGCGUGGCCCCCGAGGCGACCCUCUACUCGUACAAGAUCUUUGGCUUCGGCGGCACCGACGAGGAGACCAUCAUCGAGGCCUUCAUCAAGGCCUACGAGGAUGGCAUGGAUAUCAUCUCGGCCAGCGUCGGCAGCGACGGCGGUUGGGCCGAGACGGCCUGGGCCGAGGUCUCCAGGCGCAUCGUGGACGAGGGCAUCGUGGUGGUGAUCGCUGCGGGCAACUCGGGCGAGCUGGGGCCUUGGGCCAUGAGCUCGGGUGCUUCUUCGCCGGAUGCUCUGGCGGUCGCAUCGGUGGAUGCCACCAUGGCGAGGGGACGUCCUUGGGCGGCCACCUUCAACCUGGAUGGGCACUCCAACCGGACCAUUCUUGCCUACAGGGCCGACGUCUUUGUGUUCCCGCCAGAGGUCGUGGGCCUCCCGAUCAUGCCUCUGACCCUCAACUCGAGCGUCGAGAAUGACGCCUGCCAGCCGCUGUCCGAGAACCUCAACCUGACGGGCAUCAUCCCUCUGAUCCGCCUGGGCGGCUGCCAGGACAACAUCAAGGAGAGGAACGCGCAGCUGCGUGGCGCCAAGUACAUCCUCAUGUACAUGGAGGACGGCAGGAUCGCCAGCUUCUCCGGACUGAGCUGGGCGCAGAGCUCCAAGGCCAUGAUCACCAACGUGGCGGGCAAGGCCAUCAUCGACACGGUCCUGGCGGGCGGCAACGUCACUGGCGACUUCUCCAUCGACACAAACACCAACUACGUCGGCAUCUUCAACUCGGCGGGCGGCAAGCCGUCGACUUUUACGUCUUGGGGUCCGACGUACGACCUGUCGCUCAAGCCCGACAUCGCAGCCCCCGGAGGUCGCGUCUUGUCGACCUACCUCGGCGGUGGCUUCCGCGAGGUCAGCGGCACCAGCCAGGCCACGCCGUACGUCUCGGGCGUCGCCGCGCUCUACAUCUCCAAGUACGGCGGCCGCAGCGUCCACGGCAAGGGCUUUGCGCGGCAGCUCCAGGCCCGCAUCAUGAACACGGGCAAGACCAUCGAGUUUGGCGACGGCACGGACAAGGACUAUGGGUUCUGGGCUCCCCCGAUCCAGGUGGGCACCGGCAUGGUGGACGCGGUGGCGGUGCUCAACUACACGACCGACAUGUCGUUUGCCAAGUUCAACCUCAACGACACGCAGCACUUUAGCCGCUACCACUCGGUCGACAUCACCAACAACGGCCAGGAGAGCGUCGAGUACACCUUUACGGUUCAGGACGCGGCCGGGUUCGAGAGCCAGUGGACCGACGCGUCCGAGGCGGACUACGCGCCGCGCAUCAAGGACUUUGUCGAGCUGGUGCCCAUCAAGAUAGCGCCCGAGGUCAGCCUGCCGCAGGGCAAGUUCGUGCUGGCGCCGGGCCAGACGCGCAGGGCGCAGUUCAACUUCAAGGCGCCCGAGGGCCUGAACGCCGCCCGCCUGCCCAUCUACAGCGGCAAGGUGCUGAUCACGGGCAGCAACGGCGACAAGCUGUCGGCGCCGUACUUUGGCGUCGCGGCGGACCUCAAGCGCAACAUCCCCGACAUGUGGUACUCGCAAAGCGGCUUCCCCGAGGUCGUGUCGGGGGUCAACAACACCAAGAUCCAGGACAAGGCCGCCUUUGGCUUCAACCUGUCCCUGGCCGCGCAGGACUUUCCGCGCCUGCGCACCAUCCUGCGCUACGGGACGCGCGAGCUGCGGUGGGACAUAUUCGCCCCCGACUACACGGAGCGCGAGUGGGUGUACCCGCCCGUCCCCGGCGCCAACAAGUUCGUCGGCGCGGCCACGAGCUUCGACUACUCCAACAGCAUCUACCCCAACAUCUUUGACCCGGCCACGCAGGACCGCAACGACACCUUCCCCUUCCCCGUGCACAAUCUGGUCCGCGACGCGCCCUUCCUGUCGCUCUGGUUCGGCAAGCUGGCCAACGGCUCGCAGAUCGCCCCGGGCAGGUACCAGAUGAGGGUUGCCGCCCUGGCGCCGUUCGGGAACCCGCGCGCGGCGGAUAACUGGCACGUGUGGAAGGCCCCUGUGUUUGAGGUGUUGGAGAGCAAGUAGUUUUGCAUAUUGUCUCAAAGGGCUAUUUUGGGCAGCGUGACCUCAAGCUCAUUACCAAAUAGUCAGAUUUUACGCUAAUAG